GAGAGAGAGAGCAAGAGGAAAAACGCCGAGGGGAUAUUCCAAGCCUCUCCCCCUAUUGGCAAUUUCCUGAGGCAAGCCCAGAUCGCGGUCUCGGGCCUUGGUUGUGCCUGAAAGUUGAAUUUCCAUAACUUGAAUUUGUGGGGGUUUGUGUUUCCUCAGAAAAUGGGGGUUAUGUCGAGGCGGGUUGUGCCUGCCUGCGGUAACCUCUGUUUCUUCUGUCCUUCGAUGCGAGCAAGGUCAAGACAGCCCGUGAAACGGUACAAGAAGUUGCUCUCUGAUAUAUUAAAGGAUGCUGAACCAAACGAGAGGAAAAUUGGGAAACUUUGUGAAUAUGCUUCAAAGAACCCGUUGCGAAUCCCCAAGAUUACCAAUCAGCUAGAGCAGAGAUGUUACAAGGAUUUGCGGAAUGAGAACUUUGGAUCAUUGAAAGUUGUGUUGCGCAUUUAUGGGAAAUUGCUAUCGUCGUGUAAGGAGCAGAUGCCACUAUUUGCUAGUAGUUUAUUAGGGAUUGUUCGGAUUCUUUUAGAACAAACUCGGCAAGACGAAAUGCAGAUUUCAGGCUGCAGUAUUCUUGUCGACUUUAUAAAUAGACAGAUUGAUAGUACGUACAUGUUCAACUUAGAGGGCCUCAUUCCCAAACUUUGUAAUUUGGCUCAAGAAGUUGGAGACAAUGAAAGAGCUCUACGUUUGCGUUCAGCAGGACUACAAGCUUUGGCUUUUAUGGUGUGGUUCAUGGGUGAGCACUCCCAUAUCUCAAUGGACUUCGACAAUAUUAUAUCAGUCACCUUGGAUAACUACAUGGAUCUCCAAAUUAACUCCAAGAAUGCAAAGAAAGAUGGACUAUAUUCUGAGUCUCAGGACCCGUGGGUUCAAGAAGAACAUGGUUCAUAUUUCCCCAAUAUCAGUAAGAUGGUUUCUUCGGUGCCGAAUAUCAUGACUAAUCCUCAUUUGGACUCCACAAAGGAUAAUUCCAAAAGUCCUGCUUACUGGUCAAGGGUUUGCUUGCAUAAUAUGGCCAGAUUGGCGAAGGAAGCCACAACAGUGCGUCGUGUACUUGAACCCCUUUUCCAUAGUUUUGAUGUUGAUAACCAUUGGUCCCCAGAAAAAGGAGUUGCCUUUUCUGUUUUGACGUAUUUCCAGUCACUUUUGGAGGAAUCAGGAGAUAACUCCCAUCUCUUAUUGUCUAUCCUGGUCAAGCAUUUGGAUCAUAAGAACGUUGUCAAACAACCUCUCGUACAGAUAAACAUUGUUAAUGUCACCACACAACUUGCAAAAAAUGCAAAGCAGCAGGCCUCAGUCGCAAUCAUUGGUGCAAUAUCUGACCUGAUCAAACACUUACGGAAGUGCCUGCAAAAUUUAUCAGAAGCAUCCAGCCCUAGAGGUGCUACAGAUAAAUGGAACACUGAUCUUCAUUUGGCUCUAGCAGAAUGCCUUUCACAGCUGUCAAUUAAGGUUGGAGACGCGGGACCCAUUCUUGAUAUGAUGGCUGUGGUGCUUGAGAAUAUCCCAGCAACUACUCUUGUGGCUAGAACAACAAUCUCUGCUGUACUGCAAACUGCGAAGAUUAUCUCUUCCAUACCUAAUGUCUCGUAUCAGAAGAAGGCUUUCCCUGAAGCUCUGUUUCAUCAAUUGCUCCUAGCAAUGUCCCAUCCAGACCCUCAAACACGAGUUGGGGCACACAGUGUUUUCUCCAUGGUGCUGAUGCCAUCCCUUCUUUGCCCUUGUUUAGACCAGAAUCUCGAAACUUCUCAAGCUGUUUCUAGGUUUUCAUCAAUUGGUACAACACAGACGGUAAGGAGUGGAAGUUUUUCCAUUCAGGAUGAAGGUAAAGAUGCCACAGAACCCCCAAAUGUUGGACUGAGGGAUGAAGUAAUUCAAAUAUCGGAUGUGGGUUUUAAACAGUCUGGAAUUGAUCCACCAUGUGAUCAGUCCUACAACUUCAAGUAUGCUUUGACUGAUGGAAAAACAGAGCUAACUUGCCUUCGGUUGAGCAGUCACCAAAUCAGUCUUUUGCUUUCAUCAAUUUGGGUUCAGGCAACAUCUGCAGAAAACACCCCUGCAAAUUUUGUGGCAAUGGCCCAUGCUUAUAACAUUGCUUUGCUUUUUACCCGAUCCAAGACCUCCAGUCACCCAGCUCUAGUAAGAUGUUUCCAGCUGGCAUUCUCCCUUAGAAGCAUCUCUCUGGAUCAAGAAGGAGGUUUACAACCAUCUCGCAGAAGGUCUCUCUUUACCUUAGCAUCAUCAAUGCUUAUAUUUUCAGCCAGAGCAGGCAGUCUCGUGGAGCUAAUUCCUCUUGUUAAAGAAUCUUUGACAGAUAAAACAGUUGAUCCUUACCUUGAGUUGGUCGACAAUAUCCGACUACAGGCUGUCUCUAUAGAAUCUGAUAAGGAGAUGUUAUACGGGUCACAGGAAGAUGAAGUUGCUGCAUUGAAAUCUCUCUCAGCAAUAGAAUUAGAUGACCAACAGUUGAAAGAAACCGUUAUAUCGCACUUCAUGUCUAAAUCUGCAAAAUUGUCAGAGGAUGAGUUGUCAAGCAUAAAGAAGCAGCUCUCAGAGGGAUUUUCUCCUGAUGAUGCAUAUCCCUUAGGACCUCCAUUAUUUAUGGAGACACCACGGCCAUCUUCUCCUCUUGCCCAGAUGGAGUUUCCAGAUUUUGAUGAGGUCACUGGAGCCUUGACAGAUGAGGAAGCCUUCCCCGAACCAAGUGGAAGUCAGUCGGGUCGCAGAACAUCGCUUUCCAUCAAUUCCCUUGACAUUAUAAGUGUUAAUCAGCUUUUAGAAUCAGUCCUGGAGACAGCUCGACAAGUUGCCAGCGUCCCAGUUUCCUCAACGCCCAUACCUUAUGACCAAAUGAAGAGCCAGUGUGAAGCCCUUGUAACGGGAAAACAGCGGAAGAUGUCAGUGCUUCAUAGUUUCAAGAAUCAAAAUGAGUCCAAGGCAAUAGUUAUCUGCGAUGAAAAUGAAAAGAAAUGCAACGUUUUACCAGCUAAGACUUUGGAGUUGUCAAACGGGGAUAUGAAGUUGAUAAAUCAGGAGCCAAUUCAAGGGCAUGAUCAGCUUCUCCUCUGUUCACUUGAGUAUCAACAACAUUCUUUCAGAUUACCUCCUUCAAGCCCCUAUGACAAAUUCUUGAAAGCAGCAGGAUGCUAAUAGAAUCAGCUGCAUAUAUAAUAUAUAUAUAUAUACAUUACUUUCUCUAGUUCUUUUUUUUUCUUUUUCUCUCUACCAAGCAGUUGGCUAUUUUUUCAUUCUUUAGCAUUAAUUAUAAACCAAUUUCGAGUUUUCUUAGAUGCCUUGUACCAUUCAUGGGAGAAUGAUAUGAUGAAAUGAGGAGGACAAAGAGUGUGGUGAAGAAAAUAGAUUGUCUUUUGCAUAAAAUCAUAUUUGGAUAUUUGGCCAGAGUUGUUAAUAUAUGAAUAGAGAUAUUAUACAUUGUAAAUUAUAUGUGAGACCUUUUAAAAGUACAUUAUAAAGGUAUUCUUCUUGUUA